AUGGCCCUAAGAAACAUCCUGGGAGCAGUUGGUUGUCAGGUCUUAAAUUUGCAUGUUAUUGAUGAUGACAUUCCGGAGCUAAAUGAAUAUUUCCGUGUGACAUUAGUCUCUGCAGUGUCUGGAGAUGGAAAACUAGGUUCAACUCCUACCAGUGGAGCUAGUAUAGAUCCAGAAAAGGAAACUACUGAUGUCAGCAUCAAAGCCAGUGACCACCCAUAUGGUCUGCUGCAGUUCUCGGUGGGGCCACCCCCUCAUCCAGGUGAGGAAAUGAUUCUGCCGGCCUCUGCUGUGCCCCAUAUUACCGUUAAAGAAGAAGUUGGACACAUCAGGUUACUGGUAGUUCGUGCACAAGGCCUUCUUGGAACAGUUCUGGUGGAAUACAGAACAGUGCCACUUACAGCUUCCAGUCCUAAAGAUUAUCAGGCUGUUGUGGCCACGCUGGAAUUUCAGCCAGGAGAAAGAUACAAGUACAUUACUGUUAACAUCACUGAUAAUUCCAUUCCUGAACUGGAAAAAACUUUUAAAGUGGAGCUGUUGAAUGCAGAGGGAGGAGCUAGCUUGGGAAUUGCAUCCCACAUCCUUGUGACUAUUGAAGCUUCUGAUGACGCUCACGGUGUGUUUGAGUUCAGCACUGAGUCGCUCUCGGUAAAUGGAACUGAGCCUGAAGAUGGAGACAGCAAUAUUGUCCUGCAGGUUGUGAGAACACAUGGGACCUUGUCUCAGGUGACACUGGAUUGGAUCAUAGUCUGUGAUCUUACCAACGACCUGAUCUCCACAGACGGGAGUGUAACAUUUGAUGUUGGCCAAGCAAGAGCAAAUAUUACCAUACAGGUUUCUCCUGAUGAAGUUCCUGAAUUGGAUAAGGUGUUUUCAGUUUUGAUCAUCAAUGUCUCCAGUGGUCGUCUUGGAAAUCACACUAAUGCAAUAUUAACUGUUUUAGCUAAUGAUGACCCCUAUGGAGUCUUCAUCUUUUCUGAGCGAAACAGACCAAUAAAAGUUGAGGAAGCAACAAAAAAUAUCUCCCUGACAAUAAUAAGAUGUGGUGGUCUCCUCGGUAGAGUAAUGGUGACAUACAGGACUAUGGGCGAUGAUGAAAAGUCACCCUUUCUUCCACCUGAUGUUGUUAGAGCAGUAGAGGGAAAAGAUUAUAUACCCAUCACAGGCUACGUGAUCUUCACAGCCAAUGAAAGUGAAGCCACAAUAUCUUUGCCUAUUUUGGAUGAUGAUGAUCCUGAGAGGUCUGAAUCUGUUUUUGUGGAACUCAGCAGUAUUGUUUUGAUUGAGAAAGUACAGGAUCGGCCAAUUGUAAAUUCUCCUCGACUUGGAUUAGCGGGUGAGACAAUAGCACAUGUAAUUAUCAAUGCCAAUGAUGAUGCUUUUGGAACACUUCAGCUUUCAGCUUCAACUGUGCGAGUUGCUGAAAAUUAUGUUGGACCAAUCAUUAACGUGACCAGAACUGGGGGAAUAUUUGCAGAUGUUUCUGUGAAAUUUAAAGCUAUGCCAAUAACUGCGACAGCUGGCGAGGACUACAGUGUAGCCUCAUCAGAUGUUGUCUUACUAGAAGGAGAAACAAGUAAAGCUGUGCCAAUUUAUAUAAUUAAUGAUAUCAAUCCUGAAGUUGAGGAGUCAUUUUACGUUCAGCUGCUGAAUCAAACAACAGGAGGAGCGUUGCUGGGAUCUUUGACUAGGGCAGUCAUAACUAUUGAGGCUUCUGAUGACCCCUUUGGAUCCUUUGUUUUUCAGAUUACUGAAUUCACUGUGGAGGAGCCUGAAUUUGGAUCGGUAACCUUAAAACUGCCAAUCAUCCGCAAUGCUGGGACACUCGGUAACAUUACUGUUCAGUGGGUUGCUACCAUUAAUGGACAUCCUGCUGAUGCUGACUUGCAGGUCGCCUUGGGUAAUAUUACUUUUGCCCCUGGGGAAGCCAUUCAGAUGUUGGUGUUGGAAAUCCUGGCUGAUGAUGUUCCUGAGAUAGAAGAAAUUGUCCAUGUAGAAUUAACUCAGGCCUCCAAUGGUGGUGCUAUUGGGUUAGAUGGCGUGGCAAAUAUUGUAAUACCUGCCAAUGAUAAUCCUUACGGCACAGUUUUCUUUCAUCAAUCCUUAUAUCGAAUUCAGGAGCCACUAGAAGGAAAUUUGCUUGCAAAUAUAACGGUCAGGCGAAGUGGGGGAAGGUUUGCUCCGCUGCAGAUAUUUUACAGCACUUUUGAGACUGAUGUUGUAGCUCUUGCCAUUGAGCAAGGCCAGGACAUCCUGGCCUGUUACGAGUCUCCUGUACAAGGAAUUCCAGAGCAACCAUCCAAGACCAGAGUGAACGUGUCGGCAGCGAGUGACCCACUGUAUGCCUGUGCAACUCAGUGCCUAAAAGAACAAGCGUGUUCAGCCUUUACAUUCUCCGGUGCCUCUGAGAUUCCUCUCUGCCUUUGGCUGGUAUCAGAGAUCAGCCCAUUAACUAACACUUCGGCAUUCUGGACCUACCAGAAAAACAUCACCAGUGCUUCGGCUCUCUUCAGCACUCAAGCCAUUGCUGGUAGUGAUUAUGAAUCUGUUACAAGACAGUGGGCCAUAAUGCAGGAAGGGGAAGAAUUUGCAAAUCUCACUAUUACCAUUCUCCCUGACAGCCUGCCGGAGUUAGAUGAGACGUUCACCGUAUCCCUUUUAAAAGUUCAACUAAUGAACAUCUCAGCCAGCUUAGAAAAUCAACCCACUGUAGGACAGCCAAAUACUUCCACAGUUGUCAUAAUGAUGAAUGGGGAUGCAUUUGGAGUAUUUAAGCUCUACAGCGUCAGUCCCAAUGCCACAGAGAAAGGUCUGUAUAUUGAAGUUGAAGAACAUCCUCAGACCAGAGUGCACCUAAUGAUACACAGGACAGAAGGCAGCCUCGGUCAGGUGACAGUGGAAUGGCAAGUGGUUGGUGGAACUGCUACCCCAGACUUGGAUUUUGUUGGUGUUGGUGAGAUUCUGGUGUUCGCUGAAGGGGAAACAAAGAAGAUGGUCACGCUAACCAUUUUAGAUGAUCCAGAGCCAGAGGAUAAUGAAAGUAUUAUAAUCAGCCUGGUCCAUACUGAAGGAGGGAGUCGGAUUCUGCCCAGUUUUGACACGGUCACUGUGAUUAUUCUAGCAAGUGACAACGUGGCAGGAAUUAUUAGCUUCCAGACAGCCUCAAGAUCUGUUAUUGGUCGUGAAGGAGUUUCUUCUUCAGGUGCUGCUGUCUUGGAUAGUCAAGGAUAUGAAGCUGUUCUGACAGUAGAAGCUAGUGAUGAACCACAUGGAGUCUUGAAUUUUGCCUCCCCAUCCAGGGUAGUUUCAAUUCCAGAGGAAAACAAAACAGUUCAGCUUUUUAUUAACAGAGAAUUUGGAUCUUUAGGUGCUAUCAAUGUUACGUAUGCCACAGUUCCAGGACUGGUCACCUUAAGCAAUCAGACGGAAGGGACCUUGGCUGAACCAGGAGCUGAUUAUAUAGCUGUUUCUGGCUCACUGAUUUUGGAAGAAGAAGAAACAUCAGCUGCCAUAAAUAUUACUAUUCUAGAGGAUGAUGUGCCAGAGGUGCAAGAAUUCUUCUUGGUUAAUUUAACUUCAGUGGAACUAAUCAUGAACCACUCAACUUCAUCCCCACCUAGGCUGGAUGUGGAAGGUUUAGCUUCUCAAAUUAUUAUUGAUGCUAAUGAUGGAGUAAGCGGAGUAAUUGAAUGGGAAAGCACCAAUUUUGAAGUUAAUGAAUCUCAUGGUAAUCUGACAAUAAUGGCAUACCGAAACAGAGGAUCAUAUGGCAAUGUGUCUGUAUUUUUUUAUGCCCAAAAUCUGGAGGCACAGCUGGGUUUGGAUUUUAAUGUGACCUCAAGGACUCUUUUUUUUGCUGAUGGAGAAUGGAAUAAAUCUGUUGUUGUUACAAUUUUUGACGAUGAUAUUCCUGAAGGUGAUGAGAAGUUCCAAUUAAUUUUAACAAAUCCCUCUCUGGGGCUGGAAUUAGGGGAUAACACAACAGCCACAAUUACUGUGCUUGCCAAUGAUGAUGGCCAUGGAGUUUUGUCAUUUAAUAACAGCGAUCACUUCUUCCUCAGAGAGCAAACAGCUCUCCAUUUGAUGGAAAGUGUUGCAGUAUUAAACAUUAUUAGAGAACCUCCACAGGGGAUAUUUGGCACUGUGACUGUUCAAUAUCUUGUAAGUGAAAUUAAUUCUUCAGAGGCAUCAGUGGAUUUGACACCUUCUCAAGGAUAUAUUGUGCUGGAAGAGGGAGUCAGAUUCAAGACACUGCAUAUUUCUGCAAUACUGGAUGAAGAACCAGAAAUGGAUGAGCACUUUAUUGUCACCCUGUUCAAUCCAACUGGAGGAGCCAGACUAGGCACAAAAGUGCAAACUAGGAUUACAGUAUUACAGAACCAGGCUCCUCUGGGGCUUUUCAGCAUCUAUCCUGUUACAAAUAGGACAAAUUUUCUCAUAAUUGAAGAAGCCAACACUACAGUUUAUUUGAAAGUUUCACGGAGUAAUGGGCUCAACGUGUCUGUGAGUGUUGAGUGGGAGACAUUGUCGGAUACUGCAUUUGGCAUCAGGGGUAGUAUCAGUGUCCUGUCUGUCUUGCAAAGUUUUGUGGAAGGGUCAGCGUCUAGCUGGUGUUUCUUUACAUCAGGAGAAAUCCUGUAUGGUGUUCUGCUGCGUACGCCUCCAGCUACGUUUUCUACCGUCUACCAGUGGAAAGGAGUUUUUGUUCCUGUCGAGAAUUUCAGUAUGUGGAAUCCUAAGAGCUGUGUGUCUUUCCAAAUCCGUGCCUCUCCCUACCUUGUGAUUACUCAUGGGGAAGACAGGCAGGGAGCUUCCAACAACAGUGUGUAUGCAUUCAUGCCUGGACACAGACUGUUGAAGAUACAGACUCUCUCCAUUCUGGAUACCAGGCAUGUGAAACAUUUUGCUGCAGAUGAAGACGAUUAUUUGAUUUUCAUGAGUCACACGAGUUCCAGUUCCAUCCAGGUUUUCCGGUGGAAUAAGGAUAUUUUUGUCCUGCAUCAUCAACUUCCAAUUUACCGACCUCUGAACAUAGCCUUGUUUCCUAGAGGAGGCAUUAUGUACCUACUAGUUUCUUUGUCAAAUACCAGCCAGAACAUGCUCUUGUACCAGUGGUUGAAUAAUGAGUUUAGAAAUCUUCAUCAAUUACCAGCAAAAGAAAUAAAACAUAUGGAGGCCUGGAUCUCUGGAUCUGAUAUCUACUUAAUUGUUGCAAAAGAAUCUGGAAAUUCUUCUGAGGUUUUCAUCUGGGAGACAGGGCAGUCUGCCUUUAGACACUUCCAGUCUCUUCCAAUCUGUGAUGUAAGAAACAUCCAUGUUUUCAUGCCUCCUUCGGGCUUAGUUCACAUCCUCCUAUCUAGUAAGGACCUGACAGCGCUGUAUUCCUGGAACUCUGAAGGGAACCAGUUCUCUGCAAUGCUGCAAGCACCGUAUGCAGAUCAUGUUACUUCGGCUACUGUGAGGUCCCUGAACUCCAGCAAGAGCUUGAUUGCUCUGUCCGUAGGAUCCAACUCACAGAUUUAUGAGCUGACCACUAUCUCCAACCAGUCAGAUUUUAUACCUAG